GUCAAUGGCGUCCCCCAGCGGAUCGUGGAGGGGCUCCUACAUGCGGGAGGACGACAUCGAACGCCUGGUGCGCCUCCGGCGGAUCCCGCAGUCGGUCAUCACGCGGGUGCCCGGCGAGGAGACGGAGCCCGAGCCGAGGGACGGCGAGCGCGUCGUCUUCGGCGCGCAUCUUGACCGCGGGCUGGGUCUGCCGGCUUCGCCGUUCUUCCGGCAAUUCCUCGACCACUUCGGCCUCCAGCCGCACCACCUGCCGGCCAACGCGUGCGUCCUCCUGAGCUGCUUCGUAGCGUUCAUGGAGGCUUACGCCGGCUUGUGGCCCGACAUCGACUUCUGGAGCCGGCUCUUCUUCUUGAAGGCGCAGACCAACGACGGCCGCCUGCGAGCCUGCGGCGCCGCCUCGAUCUACACCCGGCCUGGUACGCCUUUCCCCAAGAUCCCCACCGUCGACUCGGUGAAGAACUGGCAAAUGUCAUUCUUCUACGUGCGCAACGAGGGGGAGCUCGUCGACCGGAUCAACCUGCCGGAGUUCAAUCCGGCUCCUCCAGUCGGCCGGAUCAACUGGAGCCACAACGCCCGCUCGACGGACCAGAACGCCGAGGUGAACCUGCUCUGGGAUCUCCUGGCGACAGCCACCGCUGGCGGGCUGACUGCCGAAGAUCUUCUCUGCACCAUCGCCGAGCGCCGGGUGCUGCCGCUCCAGAUGCGCACCCACAAGAUCGGGCACAUGUCCGGCCGGUUCGAUCCGAACCGGACGUCCAAGGUGCCGCUCACCAAGGCCCAGGUGGCCAGCCGGGUGAACCACAUCACCAAGGCGAACCUGGCGGAGGACUGGAGCUACGGGCUGGUGCCCUGCGACAGGAACCAUCCACCGGCGCGGGUUUUUGAGCGCCAGAACGCCGAGGACGGCGACCUGGCGACGAAGAGGUGGACGCCGGAUCUCGUCGAUCCGGCUGACCAAGCCGGCGACCAUGCCGGCGACGACGACCUCCCUCCGAGACGUGGGCCGGCUGCCUGA